CCACAAGAUGGGCAAUACGGACACGAAGCUAAACUUUCGCAAAGCAAUCGUACAGCUGACCAGCAAAAGUCAGCCGAUCGAUGCGAGCGAUGACGCAUUUUGGGAGCAGUUCUGGUGCGAACACAACACACCGGUGCAGGACGUGUUUGCGCUAGUGCCGGCAAACGAGAUACGAAAGGUGCGCGAUGUUAUGCCGACGAAUUUGGCCACGCUGUGCUAUAAAGCGACGGAAAGGAUGGUACGGGCGGUGGACAAUAGUUGCAGGACGCAGGGCGAACAGCAAACCGUACUGAACUGUGUCCGGCUGUUAACACGCAUCCUACCGUACGUGUUCGAGGAUGUCCAGUGGAAAGACUUCUUCUGGUCCUCCCUACCAUCUGGGAGCGAAAAGGAAGAAACCGGUUCGAUUCCACUGGCCCAAAGCUUGCUGAAUGCCAUAUGCGAUCUACUCUUCUGUCCGGACUUUACCGUCAUCGGGUACCGCAAAUCGGGGCCCGAAAAAGCGGAAGAACUUAACUCCAUCGAUAGCUGCGAGUACAUAUGGGAAGCUGGCGUUGGGUUUGCCCAAUCGCCUCCCCGCAACGGGAACAUGGAUUCGAGGCGUACGGAGCUGCUGAAGCUCCUGCUAACGUGCUUCAGUGAAACUAUGUACCGUCCACCGACGGCCAGCGAUGAACCGAACCGCUGGAUCGUACACUUUACCAGUGCGGACAAUCGGCACGCGCUGCCCCUAUUUACGUCGCUGCUAAACACGGUCUGCGCGUACGAUCCGGUCGGUAUCGGUGUGCCGUACAAUCAUCUGCUGUUUACCGAUACGCUCGAACCGCUCGUUGAGGUUUGUCUGCAGAUUUUAAUCGUAACGCUCGACCAUGACAUUACGAGCAAUGGGCCGGCACAGUCAUCCGCUUACAUACACGACGACAGUACGAUUGCGGACAAUCUCUUCAUUAACUAUCUGUCGCGCAUACACCGGGAUGAUGAUUUCCAAUUCAUACUGAAGGGUGUAACGCGUUUGCUGAAUAAUCCACUGGUGCAAAGCUAUCUGCCGAACUCGACGAAGCGGCUGCACUGUCAUCAGGAGUUGCUUGUGUUUUUCUGGAAGAUUUGCGAUUAUAACAAGAAAUUCCUCUACUUUGUGCUGAAAAGCAGCGACGUGCUGGACAUACUUGUGCCGAUACUCUACCAUCUCAAUGAUUCCCGUGCCGAUCAGUCACGCGUUGGUCUGAUGCACAUUGGUGUGUUCAUACUGCUGCUACUGUCCGGCGAGCGUAAUUUCGGCGUCCGGCUAAACAAACCCUACACAGCCACCGUACCGAUGGACAUACCCGUCUUUACCGGCACACACGCAGAUCUGCUGAUUACCGUUUUUCACAAAAUUAUCGCCACCGGGCACCAGCGUUUGCAGCCCCUGUUUGACUGCUUGCUAACGAUUCUCGUCAACGUAUCGCCGUACUUGAAAACUCUGUCGAUGGUGGCCAGCAUUAAGUUGCUGCAUCUGCUGGAAGCGUUCAGCACACCCUGGUUCCUGUACUCCGCCCCGUCCAAUCACCAUUUGGUGUUUUUCUUGCUGGAAAUCUUUAACAACAUCAUCCAGUAUCAGUUCGAUGGCAACUCGAACCUGGUGUACACGAUCAUCCGCAAGCGGCAGGUGUUCCAUGCGCUCGCCAACCUCCCCACGGAUGCGGCCGGUAUUGCCCGAUGUCUCAGCAAUCGUAAGGGUGGUAGUAGCGGGGGUGGUGGUGGACGAAUGGGUGGUUCUAGUCAGGGUGCGGUAAGUUCGAAAAGUUUCGCCGGGCACGAUGAUGAUGCGGCCGAUUAUCAGCAGCGAAAGGCGGCCCUUACUGCAUCCGGUACGGGCAGUGGCUCGGUUGGUGGAGAUGAGAAUGAAGAGGAUCGAAUUUCCACACGAACUGCGAGACUUGGAUUGCGCGAACAGGAUAGCGCGAGCGAACGUGACGAUGGAUCACGAAUCGGUGAUGAGGAUGCUCGGAGUGAUAUCGUGGAAGAAUCCAUGGAAGGUUCCCGACCAGCGCAGGAAGCUGAACCAGGAACGCUGCAAGCGACCCUGCUCGAUACGCCCAAUCUGGCACAGAUUACCGAACGUGAAUCGGCCCACCCGAGCGAUCUCGCCAGCCCAUCGUCACCGGAUCUGCCCGCCGGUGGGCAGGAAAAGCUCGCCCUAAGCGAUGAGGAAGAACCGGAGGGCACCAAGAAGAGUGGUACGACCGAAUCGUCGUCCCCAAGCAAAACACCUUCGCCACUGAAACGGUCCGUGGCACAGCGCGGAAGUCUGCGCGUUACACCGGCACCGGCACAGCACGGCACGCAGGUGAAACAGUGGCAACCGACACCGGAAUGGGUCCAGUCGUGGCGUUCGAAGCUUCCGCUGCAGACCAUUAUGCGCCUGCUGCAGGUGCUUGUGCCACAGGUGGAAAAGAUCUGCAUCGAUAAGGGCCUUACCGAUGAGUCGGAGAUACUGAAGUUUCUGCAGCACGGUACGCUGGUCGGUUUGCUGCCGGUACCGCAUCCGAUCUUGAUACGCAAGUAUCAGGCGAACGGUGGCACGACGGCCUGGUUCCGGACGUACAUGUGGGGCGUAAUUUAUCUGCGCAACGUUGAUCCGGCCGUUUGGUACGAUACGGAGGUUAAACUGUUCGAGAUACAGCGUGUGUAAGCCGACGAGACUGUCCGGUAAGCAAGAACUGUUCU